UGGAUCCAAAUCUAGUUGCAUUUUAGCCCGGGGACUUUUUCUUGAAAACAUGUCAGCGGUAACAACGCAACGUGGGCUCGCUUCGUGUCCGCUGACCUAACCCGCUCCGCUGUCGCCUUCGCCUCGGCGGUCCACUUCCUGCGCUGACAGCCGCGAAUAAACGGAAGAAGAUCUGUGCUUGUUUUGAUUUCGCUACAAGCUGUCAACGAGCCCCCUUUUUUGCUGCUGCUUUUUUGGAGUCCACUGUCGAGAUUUCCCGUAGCAUCUCGGACAAACCGCUUAACUUUCCCCGAAUCUUUAAGUCUCGUUUUUGUGGAUACGAGCGAAAUGGCACCGCGGGACGCACGCUAAACUCUUAUAUGCACUGUCUAUGGGGGAAAGAAGUUGGAUCUACAUCUACAGCGAGCGAGCAGCGGAGGUAGCAGGCGUUUCCGUGCGUUUCCCUGGUCGUGCUUUUGCGUCAUGGCCGAAGCUUCGUCACCACCGUGUCCAAAAGAUGAAGUAGGUUCGUUCGCGAUGCUCCGUGCGUAAUAUGUGAAGUGCAAACCGCGGAUUUGACCGAGGCUCGGGGCCUGCAGUCGCCGCUUGCCUUCUCCGCUUUGUAACCCGGGCCUAAAGGGAUACACCUCCUUUGCACCGGAUCAGCACCGCGUUAGUUAAUUACGCCUGGGAGAAGGAAGAUUAGCCUCUCUUAACUACUGACCACAUCGGAAAAGACGCACGCUUCGUUUGCGCUUUUGUACAUGUUUUGUCUUACGAAGAGCCACUUACACGUGUGGAAAACUUGGCCACUUUUAAAAAAUGAAUGCGUUGCUGCCCAUGUGACACGCUUUGGAUCACACUGUUCUCUGGAGAGCCGUUUCAUCGGGGGAUAGGGCGCCCCUCUUCGGCUAUAAUGACGGACAUCUAGGGUUUAUCCAUCCACAAGGGGGGAGCGGGUUGUUUUAUUCUCUGAGACACUUUUUUUUCGUUGGUUGCAGGUGCACUCUGCCUCGCUAGACUCGGUUCAUUUCUGCAGAGAAUAUUCAUUUUUAAUAAGUGGGUCAGAUCCUGGCUGGCGUAAUGAUAAAAAGCGACUUCUCCCAGCGGGUUUGAACGGACCUCAUGUUAGAUUUGAACCCAGAGCGGUUCGCAGGUUUGGCCACGGCGCACGGUCAUCUCGCACUGCUGCUCAUGGGCGUUUAAAGUUUGGGGUAUUUUUUAUUUAUUUUUAUUUUUUGUGGAGUUUUUCCCUGACGGAGUCCUCACGUGACUUUGUGGUACAUUGAAGUUGAAGAUGUUUUGUCUAAGUUUGGUGAAGUUCUGCCCUCGCAUCCCUCAUCACAUUUGAAGAGUAUUGACAGUGGAUGGCUCUCUCCAGCUGGUAGCAAAGUUGUCUGGGUGGUCUCGUAGCUCUGAGCCCCUCUCUGGUACAUGGCUCUGUGUGGGGCGAUGGCGGCGUACAGCGGAGGAUCUUCAGCUGUGGCUCACCAUCACCACCAACUGCAGCACCUGCCAGGACCGCACCUGCCGCACCACCAUGCACCACAGCACCCCCUGCAGGCUCCUGGCUCGGCGGCGGCUGUCCACUCCCUGCAGCAGCACACGUCCACUGGGGCUGCUGCGGUCAUGCUGAACCCCGGGCAGCAGCAGCCGUACUUCCCCUCUCCGGCCCCGGGACAGGCUCCGGGGCCCGCCGCCGCAGCCGCCCCCGCCCAGGUGCAGGCGGCGUCGGUCAAAGCCCACCACCACCAUCACCACCACCACCACCUGCAGCCUCAACUCGACAUAGAGCCUGACCGCCCCAUUGGGUACGGGGCCUUCGGGGUCGUGUGGUCAGUGACAGACCCUCGAGACGGAAAGAGAGUGGCCCUUAAAAAGAUGCCCAAUGUCUUCCAAAACCUGGUGUCCUGUAAGAGGGUUUUUCGGGAGCUCAAGAUGCUGUGCUUCUUCAAACAUGAAAAUGUUCUCUCUGCUCUGGACAUUCUCCAACCUCCACACAUCGACUACUUUGAGGAGAUAUAUGUGGUGACUGAACUGAUGCAAAGCGAUCUCCAUAAAAUCAUCGUUUCUCCGCAGCCUCUGAGCUCGGACCACGCCAAAGUGUUCCUCUACCAGAUCCUCCGAGGUCUAAAAUAUCUUCAUUCUGCUGGCAUUUUACACCGAGACAUCAAACCUGGCAACCUCCUGGUCAACAGCAACUGUGUGCUCAAGAUCUGUGACUUCGGUCUGGCCCGCGUGGAGGAGACAGACGAGUCGAGGCACAUGACGCAGGAGGUGGUGACGCAGUAUUACCGCGCCCCCGAGAUCCUGAUGGGCAGUCGUCACUACGGCAACUCCAUCGACAUCUGGUCUGUGGGCUGCAUCUUCGCCGAGCUGCUGGGGCGGAGGAUCCUCUUCCAGGCACAGAGCCCCAUUCAACAGCUGGACCUGAUCACAGACCUGUUGGGGACGCCGUCGAUGGAGGCCAUGAGGACGGCGUGUGAAGGAGCCAGAGCGCACAUCCUCAGAGGCCCACACAAACAGCCGUCUCUGCCUGUGCUCUACACUCUGUCUAGCCAAGCGACCCAUGAGGCGGUGCAUCUCCUCUGCCGCAUGCUGGUGUUCGACCCGUCGAAGCGUAUCUCAGCGAAGGACGCCCUGGCUCACCCGUACCUGGACGAGGGCAGACUCAGGUACCACACCUGUAUGUGCAAAUGCUGCUACACCACCUCCUCCGGACGCGUCUACACCAGCGACUUCGAGCCCGUCACCAACCCCAAGUUUGACGACGGCUUCGAGAAGAACCUCAGCUCGGUGCGCCAGGUCAAAGAAAUCAUCCAUCAGUUCAUCCUGGAGCAGCAGAAGGGCAGUCGAGUCCCGCUCUGCAUCAACCCUCAGUCCGCCGCCUUCAAGAGCUUCAUCAGCUCUACGGUGGCACAGCCCUCUGAGAUGCCUCCGUCUCCGCUGGUGUGGGAAUGAGGACCAUCUCUCCUUCUUCCUCCUCCUCCUCUUCCUCAUUUUACUCAUCUUUAAACCUGCGUAGCAUUUCACUGGACAGGUCUGCUCUGUGUCUACUGAAUGAAGAAAAGCCCACAGACCAGCGCUUUACGGGAGUGACUGAUGUUAGAGUUAGUUAUUUGGUCUUGGGAUGGUUUUUGCCACAAUUUGUAGGUCCUCCACUUCACUAAACCAGGACUAUACAAAGGUUUUAAAGAUUUUAUUCAUGUUGUAAUGGCAUUUGCACCUUAAAAACAUAUUUAAAGUACUAUUAUAUUUCAUUCAUGUUUGAAUAAUCCUGCAUGCUAAGAGUUGUUCCCCAUUAUUUCCACUAGGAGGCAGUAGACACCUGAUCCAAGCAUUCUUUGCCUUGUGAAAGAAACAGCUACUUGGAUACAUAUGUAAUAUAAAUACAUGUAACUAUACUCUCUAUUACGAUGUUAUUUGUCUCUUAUUACCACUAGUGGAAAAAGUACUAAAGUAAAAGUACUGUUACAGGUUAUAAGUGAAUUCAUAGUAUAGUUAUUUAAGUUUUUACCCCAAUUUUGGUAGCAUUUUUUGGUAGUCUUUUAUUCAAAACUGUAUUAAUUGAACAGUUUAAAUCUAAAUUAAGAUAUUUAAACCAUAAUCCACAUAUUCCCUUUCUUUUUGCAAAUAUAAUAAAGUAGUUCCCUAAAAAAAUAUUCGAUUGCAGUAAUGUGAAGUGAAUAUUUGUAAUGAGUUACUUUCUAUCGUUAUGACAGUGCUGUAAUUAUAAUGAAAAGUCUCUUGUGGGUUAUUUCAAAUGGAAAAUAAUGCUUCAAAUAUGUGUCUACUGCCUCCUAGUGGUAACGGAGGAGAAUGCUACCACAAAUGUCCUCGAACGUAUGGGGAAAACUCCAAAAAUCUAAAUGCAGCCUUUUGAGAAAUUACUGAGAAAUGACUAAAAUUUGUAACAUCUUAUUCUUCAAGAUGCAUUUAUCCUUUGUAAUAUAUAUAUUCUAAUAUUUCGCAGUCAUAGUUUUAUUCUUGAUGUGGCAGAAACCAUCCUGUAUUUUUAAAUGAAAACUUAGUCGACCAAAUCUUAAAGGGUUUGUCCAUCACUUCCAUACGAUGUGGACCUUAAUGAUUCUAUAUGAAGACUUUUGUUUAAUAUAUUCAGUAUUAUGGGUAAAUAAUAGUCUAUAUUUAAGUAGAUUUCUUGAUGUUGUUGACGCCCCCACAUGGUUUGACACUGGGAAGUUGCCAAAAUGAGCUUUGAAUUCAGACAAUCGAUGAAGUUAAAGGUGCGUUGUGAAACUUUUCUGGUGGAGGCUCUGCUCGUUUCCAUGGAUAUGUCACCGCUCUGCCUGGAAUGUUCCACAGUAUGACUUUAAACAGCUCUACUUUACAUUUAUAGAAUUUAUAGAAAGUGGUUUUAGAGCUCAAAAAUACCUAGAAACACAAAAUUCUGACUCUGAGCGGGGUCGCCUCUCCACAGAUCUGAACUGUAACUUGGUUUAGUUUGGUUUCCGUAAAGAAAGAAUGAUUUAAUGCCACACUGUGAAACAUUCCAGACAAAAGCAAUAACAUCUCCAUGAAGAAAAGCUUUUGAUAGACCCUCCCCCCCAAGAAAGUUACACAAUGCAGCUUUAAAUGAUUUAAUAUCCAACUUUGUAUUUUAAUGGGCAAAUUUUAGAAGUUUAUUUAAAGAUUUUAAAAAGCCCCUUUGCCAAAGAUAAUAGCCUUGUGGACUCGUGCAAAUAGUGAAAAUUAUGGAAAAAAUUUAAUAUAAAACUAAAAUUCACGUAUUUUUGGAUAAACAACCAUUGACCUAAAUACUACCAAUUACUUCAAUUCAGUGCGGUGCCCUAUGUAACUUUUCUCAGGAAGGGUCUGCCACUUGCUUGUCUCCAUGGCGAUGUUAUUGAUUUGCUUGAAAAUGUUCCACAGUAUGGCAUUAAACUGAUCUAGUUUGCGUUUAUCAAAGUACAGGUGUUUUCAUUCUCACAGUGAGCCGAGUCAUCCCUCCACAGAUCUGACCUGUAACUUGGCGUAGAUACAUUUAAUGCCGUACUGCGGAACAUUCACGGCAAAGCGGUAACAUCUCCACGGAGACAACCAAAAAAGUUACGUAAGGCAACUUUUAAUGAAAUUUGACUUAACCAAAUAUCUUACGCGUUUUUCACAAUUGAUCGAAUAUUUUUAACGUUUUUAAAUCCUAAAAAGUAAAAUACAGCUACUACUAAUAAAUAUGAACCAUGUUGGCACGAGGCUUUCCUGAAAUUUGCCAGAUUUCCUCCAGAUUUUCAACUAAAGGUGCACUGUGUAACUUUUCUAGUGGAGGGGAACUUCAUUUGUUUGUUUCGAUGUUCCACAGUAUGACUUUUAUAGCUCAAAAAUCGCUAGAAAAACAGGCACUCUGACUGUGAGCGGGGUCGCCUCUUCGCAGAUCUGACUUGUCACUUGGCCUGGUUUGGUCUGCGUGAAGAUACAAAGGUUUAAUGCCACACUGUGAAACAUUCCAGACAAAGCAAUAACGUCUCUACAAAGAAAAUCUGACGGCGCCUCCACCAGAAAAGUUCCACAGUGCACUUUUAGAGUUUGGUUUUGCGCUGCUGGCACAUAUUACUGUUUUUCAAAUGAUUUCUGUAUUUAUUCUUGAUCCGAAACGCCACAAAUGUCACGUCCUGCUUCAAAACCCAAACCACUAUGAAGACUGCGUAACUAAAGGUGCUUCUUUUUCUGUUGAAUUGUCGGAUUUUAAGGAGUUUUGUGGACACGGCGGUAACUGGUUUUGUUUUUAAUGUGUGCCUCUUGAGUUCGGACGAUUGUAACUAAAAUAUUCCGUGAAUUAAUUCGAUAAAUGGACAAAUCGAGUGUUCCGAAGAAAGACAAUUUAAUCACUGUUAACCAAAUGAGCUGGGUCUUUGGUGGCAUUGGCCGUGUGCUUUUGAUUAUGCGGUUUGUUGUGUCCCUGGGCAAGACACUUGAGGUCAGAGAAGCCGUCGGCUGUAGGGAUGCGCCGAUCUGGAAACAUUUACUGGAUCGGAUAUCAGCUUUUUACUGUUUUUUGUGGGAAUUUUGUUCUGUAGUUACUUUAGGGCUACAGUUUUUCUUUUUUUUUUCACUGGAACAGUUUUAUUUUUUUGUUUUAACUAAAUAAAUGCUGUGUACCAGUUUACUAAACACUGGUAUCGGUUGAUAUCGGCAGAAACUUAAAGCCAUAGUAUCGAAAUUGGUAUCAGAGCUGAAAUUGCAGGAUCGGUGCAUCCCUCGCAAAAGUAACUCACUACCGCCGAGAGUGGAAAGCGACACAAUAAUGAACCACAUUUUUAUUUAAUGUACAUGAAAUUCUCACAGGAUUUAGAAUAUGUGAUUAUAUAAGAUUAAUUGUUAUAUUGGACUCUGGCUCAUCCCGAUCCGUUUAUCAAAAUAUUUAAGAGGCUCUGUGCACAACUGCGUCCGGCAAUCACACUUGUUAUUCCAACGUCCACCUGGAGAAAGUGCAAUGGACCGGCCAAUCGAAUCAGUUUUUCGAGACAUAAACUCGGGCUAGUUCAGUGCAGACCGAGUCGGGUGGACAUUAAACUUUCUCGGACAUACAUAUUUUCCCCAGUUCUCGCAAUGGAACGCAUUUACAAAGGAUGUCGGGAGAACUGACUCAGAUUUAUCCACUACCGACAUUCAAUAGACUGCGACAAUAGCGUCACUACCUCCUGUCUAAUUGUGUAUCUAUGUUGUUUUUGUCUCAGUUUAAAAUCGUCUCAAAUUUAAAUGAGUAAAUAUUUAAAGAGAAGGUCAUGGAAAGCAAUGGACUACACAAAUCAAAUGAAAACUUCAGCAGAUGGAGGAGACUAAGGCUACGUUCAGACUGCAUCCUAAAGUGACCCAAAUCUGAUUUUUUUUUGGCCCCUAUGUUCCUGUAUUUGAUCUUUUAAUGACAGUCUGAACGACACAGAUCUGAUUUUUUUCAAAUGUGACCCAGGACACUUGGAUAUGUGCUCCUGAAACUGAUACAUAUCUGAUCUUUUGACAUGUGACUUCAGUGUGAACGGCCAAAGUGCAUUCAUCCACCUACACGUUAUCAACAAGACACAAACGUCACUAUUCUGCGCUGAAGUGUGCGAGAAUUGUUAAUGAACUCCGUGUGACUGAAGUGAAGCACAUCACCACUCACCACUCUUGGCUCCGUCUCCACAUCCACACGUUCCUUUCAACGGACGUCGCUGCCGCUGCCCACAAAACACCACGACCAAAAACCUCGUCCUUCUCCUUCUCAAUCUCCUCCUUAAAACAAGUAAGUUGUUCAUGUUCUGGCUCCGGUACGAGAGGAACUUUAAAAUCUCCAGGUGCUCGAUGAUGCGUCCAUGUUUGGACAACUUCUGUAAACACAGAGACGCUCGCUGCGGUUGACGUCGUCGUGUCUCCAGUGCACAUGCGGGACACUUUUGGGCCGUUUAAUGUUCACACUGGAGUCACAUACAAGUCACAUUUAAUUGGAAAUGUGAACGACCUCGAAAAAACAUCGGAUUUCACAAAAAAAUCUGAAUUGAGAGUUAAGCCCUGCAGUCUGAACGUAGCCUAAUGUGUUUAGAAAAAGAUGUUUGCGUCUCAAUGCUAAUGCUAAUUUUGAGACAUAAUCAAUAUUAAAACAACACAAACUGAAGUAUUCUACAUAUAGAAAUAAUUGGGUACUUUUUACUUUAUUUCAUUUGAAUUUGAAUUGGUUUAUUGCAUAUUUUACAAUUUUAAUAAAAGUGACCGUUAGCGUUGAGGCACGGUGAGCUAGCUAGUAUGCUUUUGUGCACACGGCCUGUUUAUCUUUGUUACAUUACAAAAGUUUGAAACAGUCGUCGACAAGAAAAAAGAUUUAAACCGACACACUACGUAACUUUUCUAGUGACUCACGGGUCCCGCUUGUCUCCAUGGAGAUAAUGUUGCUUUACUGCGAAUGUUCCACAGUAUAGCAUUAAAUGUAUGUAUCUCACGUUAAUUCAAAUUACACAUCUGACCCGCGAGUUCAAUCGUUUUAAUGCCGUGCUGUGGGACAUUCCAGGCCAAUUUGAGACAAACAGGUGGCAAACUCUUCACAGGAAAGGUCAUGUAGUGCGGCUUUAAUGUGCUUAAAUUUGACUGGUUUAACAACGCAGACGUUUACGGACCAACUAUAAAGAUGACCACCAGUUUAUGUGCUCAAAAAUAAUAAUGAAACCUCAAAAAUGCACCGGCCAACAUUCCAAAGACCCACGUUUUUCAAAUUUCGAAAGUCGACGAGAGAGGGGCUGGUUUUGGCGACUUGGUCUUCCCUUAAAAAAAACCCACCAUUUCUUCCCACUUGUGCAUCGCGUGCUCAAAAAGAUCCCAAAACGAAACUCGCCCGACGCCAGUUUACCAGCAAUACGACACGUUGAGAAAACCGACCGCCAUUUUAGCCACUGAACGCAUCCUAGCAGCUUAAACGUAGCAUCUCCACACGCAUGGUCUCACCUUGAAAACCUCCCUCCCCACUUCCUCUCUGUCUUUAGAAAAAAAAUCUUAGAAGGAAAUUAUUUAAUAUAUUUUUAGACUUGUUUUUUAUUCCAGUUUUGUGUCCACCGAUGGCAUGCUUGCUUUCUUGUAAAUAUUGUAGAAUAGAAAAACGCAAAUUAACUCCCUCUAACUUCCUCAAGACCAGACGAUACCACUGUAUAGAAAUUGUAUUAGCCUGCACAUUUUUGGAAAGGCUGUGAAGUUGAUUUUAUUUUUAAAACUUGCAUACAAAUGUAUAUAUUUUCUUGAUUUUUACCCUGCUAAUAUAGGAUCUGUAGAGGAUUCCUGUACCAAACCCAGAAGUUGUGUACUUUUUUUGUCGAAUUGGUGAUCUAUCUGAAGUGGACGCCUUGUGGUUGAGAGUUCGGUUUGUACAUAUGAUUCGAAAACACAGUUGGGUUUCUACCUCUCGGGCUCCGUAUCUCUGUUUACCUCUGCAGAACGCUGUAGAGACGCUUUCCAAAAUCUGAAUGUCCAGUGGAGGUUUUAUACGGAAAAACUCACAUGGAAAAGUACGGUGGUGUGGGGGAAGUUCUGCUUUAAAGCGAUGGGCGAUGAAAUCUAAUGCGAUUCAGGCUUCGGCGUUAAAUCGUAAAAUCUAAAUAUAUCAUUUGAAUGGAAAAAAGGUAGAAAUAAAACUAACAGCAUUCAUGUAUCAUUCGUUCAUUUGUUUUUCAGAAUAAAACCAAAAAUAAGAAAAUGACUAAACAACUAUAUUCUUCAUUAUUUGUCUCCAAAACUAAAAUGAAAAAAUAGAUAAUGAUUUGUUUUUUCAGUUUUCAAUUUUGUGUUUAAAUGAAGAAUGGAAAAAACAGAUAACGUUUCCCGUUUCUGUGACUUGAACUGCAAUGCCAGACUUUGGCACUGCAUACGGACUGAACCAGGAGUAAACCAGGACUAAAAGACGACUAAAACUGGACUAAAUUGGGUCUAAACCAGGUCUGAACCAGGUCUGAACCAGGUCUGAACUAAACCUGGACUAAACCAGUCUCAGUCCCGGUCUCAGUCCCGGUCUCAGUCCCGGUCUCAGUCCCGGUCUCAGUCCCGGUCUCAGUCCCGGUCUCAGCCCUGAUCACCCGACAGUCAACAGGGGCACACCUCCGGGCCCGUCUCGAGACUCAGUACUGGUUCAGAUCUGGUUUAGUCCUGGUUCAGUCCUGGUUUAGUCCUGGUUUAGACCCAGUUUAGACCUAUUUUAGUCCUGGUUCGGCAUUGCAGUUUAAGUCACGGAAACGGGAAAUGACCCUUAUCCAUUUUUUCCAUUAUUCAUUUACACACACAAUCAAAAACUGAAAAAACAAAUUGCCAUCCAUUUUCUUAUUUUUGGUUUUAUUUAGAAAAACGAAUGAUACACAGAUUUAGCAAUGUCAUUAUAUAGGGAUGGGACAAGACUUUGCGAGACAAAACAAUCACAAGAUCAUGCACACAUGAGAAAAAUGGUUUUGUUAGACUUUUUUUUCCCCCUGAAUUUACGUUUGACUUGGACAAAAAAAAAACAACAGUUAAGACCAAUUUGAUAAGCUGUAGCUCCAAAAAUCAGUACUACAAUGACAUAAAAUAAAUAAAAAUAGUGAAUCCAAAAUUAUGAAACAGUUUGCACUACUUAUUUAUUAUGAUUUAUGUCAAAGUCUUGUCUCGUGAACCUGAUCUCGUGAUGCGUCUCGUUUCGUGAAAUUUGGGUCUUGUCCCACCCUUACCAGAUCUGCAAAUGCAAAUCCAAUUGAUCAAUUAUUAGAAUGACUUAAUUUAUGACAAAAUAUUGAUAGUGCUGUGCAGAUUUAAGGAAGAUCGAAGCUUCCAAAGAAACCACUAAAGUCCAAAGAGUUUUACGUCUGAACAUUCGCAAACUCUACAAACAUCCAGAGAAUGACGCUUUGUACAAAAUGAAACAUGCAAUCGGACUUUUGGUGAUAUAAUUUUUAAAUACUAGAUCUGAACUAAAGCAUUUCCGUCAAAAGGAACAGUAUUUAGGUAGUGACCGUUCAGAUCAGAGAGUCUCAAUAUCUCUUUACAGUUGGGCGAUAUAGAGGUUUAAACAUUUACUACCCGUGAACGACUUAAAGCUCCAGUUUUCGUCCAUCGCUGGUCGCACGACUGCCCCCACACCGCUGUAUCUGACCCCCCCAAACCACCUCCCUCUGUUUGUACCCGACCAAUAGCCACGGUUUCUGACUGUUAGUGAACCUCUCCUGGAUGGGACGAGCGAGAGGAGGCGGAGUUUUGAAUCCACGGCCGCCGCGUUCUACAAUAAAGUCAUGAUUUACUGCUCAUUUACACAUUUUCAGACAAGUUUAAAGCCGCGAUGCCUAACUUUUCACGAGGGCCGUCGCCAUGGAAGCAGGUAUUUUGAUUAGCGUGAAAAAUAGGCACGGGCAGGGUCUCCUCGUCAGAGUUGAACUGUGACUAGGCCUGACAGUGAUAAGAUAAAUGCCGUACUGGGAAAAGUUUCAAGCAAAGCCCACCUACAAGAAUUUAGAAGAUUACACCAGUUAUAUAUUAAGUGAUGAUUUUAAAUGAUCAAAUUACAAAUGACCCAUCAGCCAUAACAUUUUCACAAUAUUGCAAUAAUUAUCAUGAGAUUUUGACAUUUCUAGAACCUAAAUACUUCAACCUGUAUCACAAUUUGUCAAACUCUCUCAAAUCCUUAGUCAUUUUUCUCAAAGUUUGGCCAUUCUGUUGUCCUUAGGUUUCGUGCUGUGGAUUCCAUUUUGAGGACUUUUGACCUCUCUGUUGCUACCAUCAUCCAUACCAUCCUAAUUAACUACUUACAUUUGUAUCCCUCUGAAAUCCAUGGAUAACAACAAUAUAGUUCAUCAAAUUUGUUCAAGAUGGCGUAACAUUUCUGAUUAAAAGUUUCUCUGUUUUGUUAAACUUCAGAAUUUCUAGUUUGAAAUUCACAAACAAUAUUUGGAUAUACUGAAUACUUGGAUAUACUUGGAUACUUGGCAGGGGAAUCGAUGGGGGGGGGGGCAAAAUUAAUAUUAGAGGGGGACCCAUGUGAGUCUUCUUACCCCGGGCCCCCAACGUUCCGUCGACGUCCCUGAGAAUUGGAACCGUAAUAGGUUCAAGCAAUUGCAAUAGUUAGAAUGUUAUGGCGAUUAUUACAAAAUUCUUAAAAAUUUCAUAACAUUUUAAAUUCUGCUACCAUGGAGACCCUGUUUCUCGUUUGAAAUUCACUUACAAUAUUUAUCAAAUAGUUCAGCACUUUUCUAAACUAGGUCCAAAAGUCAGAUCUGCGACAGUUAAAAUGUUCAUUACACCAAUAUAGCACAUCAAAAUGUUAACUGCGUAACAUUUAAAGCGUCUAUGACAGGUCAGACUACAAAUUUAACUAAAACACACAUAAGGUUGUUAUAUUUAAGAUUUAGAUUGUAUAAUAACAAUUGUAUAAUUCUUUUCCGACUUUGGCCAUUUUUUUAGAUUUAAAAUUUGACUCCCUUGUUGGAAAUCGUGAAAUCACACUAGGGCAUUCCAUAACUGUUCCCUAGCAAUCUGGUUUAAAACUCCUUUUUUAACAAAUAAAAAAAAAGAAAACGCCUUUAUUUUAUUGAAAUCAUGUUUAAAGUAUCAGGAAAAUGUGUUUCUUUUAUGUAAAUUGUGACGAACUUUUGGGCAGAAGUCUAAAAUAGAACUCUCCACUUCCUGUAAUUUUCCAUAUUUUUCAACUUUUUCUUUACAAAUUCCUUCUCAAAACCUGUCAUACGUAAUUCCUAGUUUUAAAUCCACAAACAAUACUUCAGAUCUCAGGAAAAGCUCGGUCGGCCAUCUCAUGUCCCGGCUCUCCCUCCUCUCCCUCCUCUCCUCUUUGUGUACAUGUAGUAGUUUAUACAACGGCAUACACCAUUUUGUGUUCGAACGACGUACUUGAAGCGAUUUUAUUUCAAAAACGACAUUUUGGUGAGAGACUGAAGACUACUGGACUCUGUUUGGAUGCGUAAUUCCCUCAACAAUGUUUGUAUAUUUGAUGUUUUAAUCAGAUGCAUUGUAAUUUGAAAUAUGAAGAUGUGUCUAUGAAGCACUGGAGGAAACAUCUGGAAACUAAACAAUAAAUGUGACUUUGAACGGAA